CUCAUUACUGACCUGUUUUUUUUUUCUCCCCCCCAUCCCACUCGACAUGAAAUUUCCACGCCAACAGGGAUGCGCUGUUGUUGAAUUCAAGAUGGAAGAGAGCAUGAAGAAGGCUGUGGAGGUCCUCAACAAGCACAGCCUGAGCGGGAGGCCCCUGAAAGUGAAGGAGGAUCCUGACGGAGAGCAUGUGAGGAGAGCUGUUCAGAAGGCCAUGGCUGCAUCUGGCGGUGGGAUGGGGAUCGGGCCUGGCCCCGGUGGCCCUGGGAUGAUCAACAUCCCUCCCAGCAUCCUCAAUAACCCAAACAUUCCCAACGAGAUCAUCCACGCCCUGCAGGCUGGCAGGCUCGGAAGCACGGUCUUUGUGGCCAACCUGGAUUACAAAGUCGGCUGGAAGAAGCUGAAGGAGGUGUUCAGCAUGGCAGGCGUGGUUGUCCGCGCAGACAUCCUAGAAGACAAGGAUGGCAAAAGCCGGGGGAUUGGCACAGUGACUUUUGAGCAGGCCAUUGAAGCCGUCCAGGCCAUUUCUAUGUUCAACGGGCAGCUGCUGUUUGAUAGGCCGAUGCAUGUGAAGAUGGAUGAGCGAGCCUUGCCAAAAGGGGACUUCUUCCCUCCGGAGCGGCCCCAGCAGCUUCCUCAUGGACUUGGAGGGAUUGGCAUGGGGCUGGGGCCAGGAGGGAUACCUAUUGAUGCGAACCAUUUGAACAAGGGGCUGGCAAUGGGCAACCUGGGACCUGGAGGAAUGGGCAUAGAAGGCUUGGGCUUUGGAAUGAACAAAAUGGGAGGGAUAGAAGGUCCUUUCAGUGGAAUGGAGAGCUUGGGCCGUUUUCCUUCUGGGAUGAACCUGGGCAGGAUGACCGAAAUGGACCGUGCGAUCGGAGGUGGAUUUGAAAGAGACUUCCCAAGGAACGACAUGGGAAUGCCUCGUAGUUUUGGAGACACCCUGGAUAGGGGAAUAGGUGGUGGCGGAGGAGCCAGCAUCCCCACAAUGGACAGGAUGGCCCCCGGGCUUGACCGCAUGGCCACUGGCAUCGAUAGGCUCCCCUCAGGCAUGGGGCAUGGCAUAGAAAGGGUGGGCUCAGAGAUGGACAGGAUGGGGCUGGUGCUGGACCGCAUGGGCUCCAGCGUGGACAGGAUGGGGUCUGGCAUCGACCGGAUGGCUCCCCUCGGGAUAGACCACCUGGCAUCCAGCAUUGACCGGAUGGGCUCUGGGAUAGACCGGAUGGGGACAGGAAUGGAUAGGAUGGGGACCGGGCUUGGGUUUGGCAUCGACCGCAUGGGCUCAGCCAUUGACCGUGUCGGCACCACCAUGGACCGCAUGGGCACCGGGGUUGACCGCAUGGGCAGCGGCAUGGAUAGAAUGGGCCUGGGCAUGGACCGCAUGGUCCCUGCGGGGAUGGGCCCUGUGAUGGAUAGGAUGCCUGCAGGGCUCGACCGCCUCGGGGCGGCCUCCAUCGACAGGAUAGGUCUGGACCGCAUUGCGGCCACGAACAUGGACAGGAUGGGGCUGGACCGCAUGGGGGCUGCUGUUGCUGCCAGCAGCAUGGACAGGAUGGGGCCAGGCAUGGGGGCAGGGCUAGAUAGGAUGGGGCUUGCCAUGGGGAGCACCUUCGAGAGGACGAUGGAGAUAGACAGGGGGAACUUCGCCGCCGGAAGCUUCGCUGGUGCCCUUGGGACUGGAGGUCCUGCUGCUGCCGCUGGUGUGGCCAGGAAGGCUUGCCAGAUUUUUGUGAGAAAUCUUCCUUUUGACUUCACAUGGAAAAUGCUGAAAGACAAGUUCAACGAGUGUGGUCACGUUCUGUAUGCAGAUAUCAAGAUGGAGAACGGCAAGUCCAAAGGGUGUGGCGUGGUCCGCUUUGAAUCCCCCGAUGUUGCUGAGAGAGCCUGCCGCAUGAUGAAUGGGAUCCAGCUUCGUGGCAGGGAGAUCGAUGUGCGGAUUGAUAGAAAUGCUUAAUUUUUGGCUUUUUUAAAUACAAAGGGGAAAUAGCUUGGGGUUUGUACUUGUUGAGACUUCUUUUUUAAUUUGCUUGGAUGUGGAGAUGGUAAGACAACUCGGUUGCUUAACUCGGUUGCUUUCUGGAGUAAUUUUAAUUCCUUUUUUAUAGGGUUUUUUUCCAUUUUACUGUCUUGUUUUGUUUUUUGCAUUGAAACUGUUUAAACAUGCACAAUCUUGGUAGUGGCGUCACCUUGUCGAAUUUAAGGAUGUAUCACAGUGUGUCUUCGGUAGAUAAAUGCCAGUGACUGAGGGGCUUCCAAUCGUGUACCCACCCUUUUGCUGGUUAGGGAACCUCUUGGAGGGAAACAUCUUUUGAAGAGAGCAGGUAGUGCUGAAUAACUGUGUGUGUGUUUCUCCUGUGGAAAAUAGUUGAUCUGGAAAUCCUAUGAAUGUCUGGACUGAAAUGUUUUGGGGAAACGUACAGUUGGAAAACGAGUCAAACCAAAACCCACAUGUCUUGUAUGAAGUCUAUAUUAAAAGUGUUUUUGUGUGGCUUACCUA